CCGACAGUACUCUGCCUGCUAUCAGAGCGGUAGAUGACUAGCUCAAGUAAAGAGUCUCUUGACUGCUGUAAACAUCAGACGACACAGUGCAGAUCUACAGCCAUUGCGAGGGUGUCUUUCCACGGUAGAGAAUGCCAGCGGUCAUAAGUAAAAAUUCCGAUUUGGAGUUUGACUCCUUACAACCUUGCUUUUAUCCGGAUGAAGAUGAUUUCUAUUUCUGCGGUCCUGACUCGGCUCCACCUGGGGAGGACAUCUGGAAGAAAUUCGAGUUGCUGCCCACGCCCCCCCUCUCCCCUAGCAGAGCCGGCCUCCCGGGGGAGCUGGCUUCGGCAUCCGGAGACUCCGGUUCGAUGGGGUUUGGAUUAUCAAACCCACUGGACUGGGCUUCGGAACUCCUUUUACUUCCCGAAGACGACAUUUGGGGAGCAUCGGACGGGGACCUUUUCGGGUCAGCCUUGGAAAGUAACCUCAACUCUAUCAUCAUUCAAGACUGCAUGUGGAGUGGUUUUUCGGCCAGAGAAAAGCUCGAACGGGUGGUGAACGAGAAGCUCGGUAAAGCGAUUGCCACGGUUGCCAGUUGUGGAGCGAGUAACAGCACAGAAACCAAGGCGGCGGAGUUGAACAGUUCUGUCUCGGAGUGUGUGGACCCUGCCGUAGUUUUCCCGUUCCCUGUCAACAAAACCACCAGCAGCAGCUGCGGCACCACCACCAGUAGCAGCAACAACAACAGAAGUCCACCUGGGAUAGUCCCUUCAUCCGCUGCCAACAGUAAUGCCGACGACACCCCGAGCGACUCGGAUGACGAGGACGAUGACGAAGACGAGGAUGAGGAAGAGGAUGAGGACGAGGACGAGGAGGAGAUCGACGUGGUCACGGUGGAGAAGAGGCGGUCCACAGGCGGCAAGCCGGUGGCCACCAUCACCAUCGCCGUGCGGCCGAAGGUGAGCAGCGGCAGCGGCGGCGCCGGGGUCAGCGCCAUGUCCAUCAGCAAGCCCCAGGAGGCACUCCUCAAGCGCUGCGCCCCCAUCCACCAGCAGCACAACUACGCUGCCCCAUCGCCCUACAUCGAGGACGAGGACGCCCCCGCGCCCCCGAAGAAGGUCAGGAGCGAGGCGCAGCGAGCGCCCGCCAAGGCCAGCGCCCCCCAGAGGUUGAAAAAGAGCGACAGCCCACCCAGGGGCUCCGACUCGGAGGACAGCGAGCGGCGGCGGAACCACAACAUCCUGGAGAGGCAGCGGCGUAACGACCUGCGCUCCAGCUUCCUCACCCUGCGGGACCACGUCCCCGAGCUGGUCAGGAACGAGAAGGCGGCCAAGGUGGUCAUCCUGAAAAAGGCCACGGAGUACGUGCACUCUCUGGAGGCGGACGAGCGCCGGCUACAGCAGGAGGUAGACAAGCUCCAGGCGCGGCGGCAGCAGUUGAUCAAGAGGUUAGAGCAGGCAAGGACUCGCUAAGCCACCCUUUAUCAGGACUUUCACUGCCACUUUUGCACAUUUUUUGACGUUAAGAAUGUUGGGUUUUGCUUUCAAUCCAGUCACAUCAGAAAGAUGGAGAGAACACGUCUCUUUUUCCGUAUGAAUUCAGGUUCACCGUGACAAAGGCCAUAUGAUACUGCUCAAUA